AUGGCCGAAACCUGGAGUCCCCCAAAGGACGGCACCCCAUGCUGGAUCAAUGUCCUGGCAACUGAUGUCCAGCGAGCCAAGGCUUUCUACGGCAAUGUGUUCGACUGGCGCUUCAACAGGACAACAACGGCCGAUGGACGCACUCUCGAUCCAACAGAGAUCGCCAUGUUCGAGGUUCCUGGUCAGCCCUGCCCCGGUGGUGGAAUCACCCGCGUCAGCGAAUCCGAGUGGGCCGCCUCGCACGGCAAAGGUGGAGUAGUCCUGUAUCUGUAUGUGGAUGAUAUCAACUCGUAUGAAAAGAAAAUCGUGGAGGCAGGUGGCAAAAGAAUGACAGAGAUCAUGCCAGAAGGUGACAUGGCCGUUAUGCAGCACUUUGAGGACACAGAGGGCAAUUACCUUGGGAUUUAUAGCAUGAAGAAGUAG